CGAUCGAUGUAUCCUUACGCUGUGUUUUUUAUCAUUUUGCUCGUAAGGCAAUCGAGUGCCUUGAAAUACCUUUUUGUUCCUGAGAAUGAUGAGUUCUUUAGCGAUUGUUCGAAGCAACCAGAUAAUGUCCUUAACAUCAAUGGAUUAUUUGAUAUGUCUAACUUCACAAUUAUGCAGAAGGAUGGUGUGAUUCAAAUGUCCGGCAAUAGCACCGUGAUAUGGCAGAUUCAUCCAGGGGAUCGCAUUCAGGUGAGCUUCCAGUUAUUUCGGUUUGAUCGGAUAGGUUGGUUUCAAACACCAUUCAGUAUGACGGUUUUUAACAUUUGUCCAAUACUGUAUGACGAGCCGCAGUACUGGUAUAAAUAUUGGACAAAAAAUAUAAUCAAUAAGGAAGACGUGAAGGACAAAUGCGUUUCCCCUGGAACUCAACUUAUUCAUAAACCGUUUGAGUUAAAUUUGGUAUUCGAACUUACUGGAUUACCUUUAAAUGGCCGGUAUAAAAAUAUUGUCACAGUGAAACCCUUCAGCGCGAAAAAUGUAAUGCGGAAAACUAACAUAUGUAUUGAAGUAGAGGGUCAAUUUGAAAGGCUAAAUUAA